CGUCCUUCUUCUUCACCAACUCAGCGGCAGGCAAACCUAGAAAUUCUCCUCCUUUUUCCUUAAUCUCUCAAGCCGCGGAGGUUUCAACCUUCACCGAACCAUGGCGACCCCCACUACUACGGGAACGAGGCAGCUGUCUCAAAAGGAAGCCGACAUUCAGAUGAUGUUGGCCGCUGAGGUUCAUCUGGGAACCAAGAACUGUGAUUUUCAGAUGGAGCGAUAUGUCUUCAAGCGACGAAAUGACGGUAUUUACAUUAUAAAUUUGGGGAAGACCUGGGAAAAACUAAUGCUUGCUGCAAGAGUUAUUGUUGCAAUUGAAAAUCCACAGGACAUCAUUGUCCAGUCUGCAAGACCUUAUGGUCAGAGAGCUGUAUUGAAGUUUGCACAAUACACAGGGGCUCAUGCAAUUGCAGGGCGUCAUACUCCUGGUACUUUUACCAAUCAGUUGCAAACUUCCUUCAGCGAGCCUCGUCUGCUCAUCCUAACUGAUCCAAGGACUGAUCAUCAGCCUAUAAAGGAAGCAGCGCUGGGAAAUAUCCCAACUAUUGCUUUUUGUGAUACUGAUUCUCCAAUGUCUUAUGUUGACAUUGGUAUUCCGGCAAAUAAUAAGGGGAAGCAUUCUAUAGGAUGCCUCUUUUGGUUGUUAGCAAGGAUGGUGCUACAGAUGCGUGGUACAAUUCGCCCUGGUCAGAGAUGGGAUGUAAUGGUGGACCUAUUUUUCUAUAGGGAGCCAGAAGAGGCUAAACAACAGGAUGAAGAGGAAGCUGUUCCACAGACUGAUUUUGGACUUUCUGCUCCUGAUUAUGGAAUGCCUGUUAUUGGUGAUCAAUGGAGUGGCCAGAUUACUGAAGGUCAAUGGACAGCUGAUGCUGUUCACCCUCCAAUUGCAGCUGUUCCCAGUACCAACUGGAGUGAACAAGUUCCAGUGGCAGCUGAUGGUUGGGAUGCUGUCGUUCCCGCACAGGUUAGCCAUGAUGUUGUUCCCCCACAGGUUAGCCAUGAUGUUGUUCCCCCACAGGUUAGCCAUGAUGUUGUUUCCGCACAGGUUAGCCAUGAUGCUCCCCCUGCUGCUGCUGGCUGGGAAUAACGAGAAAUCAAUUUUCUACUCUUGGUUUCCAAUGAUAAGGAUUGAUGAUAGUGUAGACAUUUUUUAUAAUAUUAUUUUUGCAAGAAAUGUUAUUCUAGAAUUGGAUAAGUUUAUUUUAGUGAAUGUGCAUCGUUUGCGGCUUCACUUUGGCUACUGUUUACUGAUCCUGAGUAGACUGAUGAAUGUUGUAAUGAGAUUUACAUUCAAAGUUUAGCUAUCUCUCA